AUGGGUGGAUCACCACCUUGUGGUGACUCGGUUCGAGCCAUCAAAGAUCACAAACGUCAAGCAACCACCUCUAAGAAGUGGCCCUUUCCAGUCGAAAAUGAUCACCAGAUCACUUUUUCGGCACUGGAUACCAAGGGCGUCCACAUGCCACAUAACGAUCCUCUCCUCGUCGACCUUGACAUCGGUGAAUUCCUAGUCGCAAAAGUCCUUAUUGAUACCGGCAGCUCGGUCGAUCUCAUCUUUCGCGACACACUCGACAAAAUGGGAGUUGAUUUAAGGGAUAUGAAGCCUUCCUCUCGCACGCUCACCGGCUUCAACGGAGCCUCGGAGCAAAUGAUUGGGACAAUUCGUCUUCCAGUAUACGCAGGUGGUAUAACCUGCACCGUCAAGUUCUCCGUCCUCCGCACCAAAGCACCCUAUAAUGCCAUACUUGGAACACCAUGGCUGCAUUCCAUGAAAGCCAUCCCUUCGACUUAUCAUCAACGCGUCAAGUUUCCCGGAAAAGAGGCAAAACACAGACAAUUCGGGGAGAUCAACAAGCCGCGAGAGAACUACUGA